AACAGCACGCAGAUGAGAUUACUACCUACACAAAAAGUGAAAAACUACACUGCACUGCAAGCAUGUGGGAUUGAAUUUGAACCCAACACGAGGAGACAUAGAAAAUAUUAUUAGCUUUUUUUUUGUUUUUUUUGAGGGCAGAUAUUAUUAGCAUUAACGAAAUCCGGUAUAUAUAGAUCAUCUUCCCCCACAACACCUAUCGAUCUACCCAUUUUCUGUGCGACCAACUACACUAGCUUAAAUCUUUUGAUGGGCGAAGGCGAAGCGGCGGUGACUAUCGUGGGCGGCGGGCCGUCGGGGGUGGCGACGGCUGCGUGCCUGGGGCAGCUGUCGAUCCCCUACACCCUCUUAGAGAGAGAAGAGUGCUUGGCGUCUCUGUGGCAGAAGCACACAUACGAGCGCGUCCACCUCCACCUCCCCAAACAAUUCUGCCACCUCCCCCUCAUGCCCAUCCCCGCCGCCUACCCCACCUACCUCUCGCGCCACCACUUCCUCCGCUACAUAAACGACUACGCUUCGCGAUUCAACGUCCGCCCCGUCUACCUGAGGUCGGUGGAGGCGGCGGCCUACGACGGCGAGUGGAGGAUCCAGGCCAGGAACCUCGACUCCGGCCAGGUGGAGGAGUAUCGCUCCAGGUUCCUGGUGGUCGCCACGGGAGAAGCAUGCGAUGCCAGAAUGCCUCAGAUCCAGGGUUUGGAGAGCUUUGCCGGGGAGCUUCUGCAUUCCACCACCUAUACCAACGGGCAGAGGUUCGCCGGAAAAGAGGUUUUGGUGGUCGGAAGUGGGAAUUCCGGCAUGGAGAUCGCCCUUGAUCUUGCCGACUACGGCGCUAAGACGUCCAUAGUCAUCCGAAGCCCGAUUCACAUACUGUCGAGGACGAUGACCUAUAUGUCACUAGUUGUAGCAAGGUAUUUACCAAUGAAGUGGGUUAACUCAGUUGCGACGUUGAUGAGCAAGAUUGUGUAUGGGGAUUUAACUAAAUACGGAAUUCAAAGGUCUAAACAAGCCCCCUUUGCUCUCAAGGAGACCGGGAAAUACCCAGUUAUUGAUGUUGGUACAUUGGAUAAGAUCAAGUCGGGGGAGAUUAAGGUGUUGCCUGGGAUAAAGAGUAUAGAGGGGAACUGCGUGUUAUUUGAGAAUGAAGAGAUUAAUGCAUACGAUGUGUUAAUUUUUGCCACAGGCUUCAAAAGAUCUACCAAACAGUGGCUAAAGGACGAUUAUUUAUUGAAUGAAGACGGCCUUGCAAAGCCCACUUACCCAAACCACUGGAAGGGUAGAAAUGGGCUUUAUUGUGCUGGGCUGGCCCGCCAAGGAUUAUACGGUGCUGCAAUGGAUGCCCAAAACAUAGCCCACCACAUCCAAGAUCAAAUUACAAAUCAUAACUACAUUUAGUUACGUAUCAUUCAAAAACAAAUCUGUGACGUCCUCUUCCUGUAAUCAUCAUCAUCAUUGUAUAAUACGAUUAGCGAUACCUGCUUUCCCCUUAUUUCAAGGUCCUACAUGGCGUUUUAAAAAUUUAGUAUUUCAAAUCCCUACAAUUUUAGAGCUUUUAACUUUAUAAUGUACAUCCUACGUGGCAAAUUAAUUCUACAUAUACUAUUUCAUUUUUA